AUGAGCGUCACACGACCGGCAAGGUGCCUUUUCUGUACAUUUUCCAAGCCAAAUCUCAUUCGCUACCCCCGACGACAAUUCCACUCGACCCCCGUACCGUGUACUCCUCGGAAACCGAAGCAUGAGAAUAUUAAAGCCUCAGACGUUGAGGGCUGGCUAAAACAGCAUACGCCCGAAAAGUCAAGACCCUAUACCGAAGCUGAAAAGGCUCACAUGAAGACUGUCUACUCGCCAGAACAAAUCAAAGCAAUUGAGGCCGGAGAGAAAGCUAUUCCUGAUAAAGAUGUGGAUGAGUUCAAUCUGAGAGACGAUCCGUGGGCACUCAAAUAUGUGGAUGAUUUUUCCACCAUCGAGCCUGUUGUCGACCACCACAUCCGUUCUCCCAUCACCAACCACGACCCUAACUCCCGCUUGAAAACCCACGAUGAAUUGGUGGAUGAUGUUGCCAAUUUCAUUAAGGACAUGCCCGAUGAACCUUCAGCGUUAAGCUUACAAAAGUUCUUCGAAAAUGUGCGAUUGACCACCGGAAAAGCAGAAGCUGAACUUGACCCUCAUAGUGCUGCUGUGCCAGACGUGUUUGAACCGGGCGAGAACUUCUCUAACAUUGGUCGUCAUGAGCCUCCCCCCCUAUUCGAGAAGGAGAAAAGUUUCGCAUCCACGUCUGAACUGACGGAUUCGCAAAAGAAAUUGAUGGCUGUAACCGGAUUGAGCGCAAAUGAUCUUAAGCAGAUACAGACCAAGGUUCUCGUCAGUCAUCGAGUUGUCAAUCAGACUCGUCUAGGCAAGAUUCAAAAGGCCUACGUUCUUGUUGUUGCAGGCAACAAGAAUGGUCUCCUUGGAAUUGGGGAAGGAAAGUCCGAGGAAGCACCUGCUGCCAGAGAGCAAGCAGAAUACCGAGCAAUUCGCAGUAUGCAGCCAGUCCCAAGAUACGAGAGGCGGACAAUAUUCGGAGAUGUCAAGGGAAAAGUUGCAGGAACAGAAUUGAUAUUGAUGAACCGACCACCCGGGUUUGGCCUUCGCUGCUCCCAGCGGAUUUGGGAAAUGUGCCGUCUUGCCGGAAUCAAGGAUCUGGCUGCCCGUGUUUCUCGUUCCAGAAACCCUAUGAACACCGCAAAGGCUGCCUAUAAAGCGCUGAUGAGCCAAAAGGAUCCGGAAGAAGUUGCUCGGGCCCUAGGAAAGAAGCUUGUAGAUGUAAGGAAGGUUUACUACGCCGGAAAGGUGUAA